UCUGGGGACUCUUGCACCAGCUGGGUGAUGAUUAGGGCUUAUCACAGAUAGGUCUAGGAAAAGGCUGGGAAAUACUUAAGCUUGUUUUGCAGUUGCUUUGAGCUCUUAGGAAAGGAGCGAUUUCUCUACAACAUCAGCCUGAAGUUUUCUGCCCAUACAAGAGAGCACUUCUCCACUGACAGUGGCUCAUCUCCUGAUGGAGGAGCACAACGUUGCCAGCGAGGUGCCGGCAGCCCUGAAGCGCCUGGCCAAAUGCAUAGUGCGUGGUUUCUAUGGUGUGGAAUGCUCCCUGGCCCUGGAUGUGCUGAUCCGCUACCCCUGUGUGAAAGAGGAGGACUUGUUACAGCUGCUCAAGUACGAGCGAAAGCAGCUGCACACCGCCCUCAACGCGCUCAAGGCGGACAAGCUGGUGAAGCUGCGGAUGCGGGUUGAAACGGGCCCUAAUGGCAAGAGCACGAGGUACAAUUACUACUACAUCAACUACAAGGUGCUGGUGGAUGUGGUAAAAUACAAACUGGAUCAUGUACGCCGGAAAAUAGAAGCAGAUGAGCGAGAUUCAACGACCAGAUCCUCUUUUAAAUGUCCAUCUUGCUCUAGCACGUACACGGACCUUGAAGUCAAUCAGCUCUUUGAUGCAUUUACAGAGACUUUUCACUGCACUUACUGCAACACUGAGGUAGAGGAAGAUGGCUCGGCGUUUCCAAAGCGCGACGCUCGAACGUUGCUCGCGAAGUUCAACGAGCAGAUCGAGCCUGUCUUUGUGCUGCUGCGUGAGACCGAAGAUAUUGUGCUGCCCUAUGACUUGCUGGAGCCUCAGCCAACAGAAAUACCAGAAUUAUCAGAAAGCUUUGAUCCGAAGUUGGGCUCAAGUGUGCUGGAAUCCUGCUGUCGCCCUGAAAAAUGGUCACACAGAAGUUCUGCUUUUGGCCUUACAUACACCCAAAACUUAACUAUUGAUGUCCAAGACUCAAAGCAAGAGAAGAAAAGAAGAGAAAAAGCAACUAAAAAGCAACCUAUCUGGUUGUCACAGAGCACUGUGGAAGGAGCAGCAACAGCCACCAACACAAGUAUUGGAGUAAAUGCUUUUGAAGAAACUGAAGAAAAUGUUAAAGAAACUGUCACUGAUAAUGAAAUCAUCAAGACUCUUCUGGUCCAUGAAUCCAAGUCAUCAUCUAGCACAGACCAGGCUCCUAUUGUCAAAAGCAAACGACACAGAUCACACAGUGACAGCAGUGAGUUUGAAAAGUAUGCCAAGCACUCAAGAGGAGCAGGAAUGAAAGUAGCAGGCAGCAACUUUGAACAAGAGGAGGAACAGGAAACUUUGGGUCCUAUUUUAAUGGUAGCUGGCCAGCCCUGCUCAUAUGGCCAAGUUAGUGAAAACCCAGAGCUUGUGUCUCUCAUGACAAAUGAAGAGAGAGACACUUAUAUAAAAGUAGGACAAGAAAUGUUCCAGUCUGUCUUUGAAUAACUACUACUGUAGGAAUAUCCAACCUUGUAUAGAAAAGAUGAAGGCUUCUAACUUAUGUUCUUCAAAGUUUACCACUGAAGGGUUUUGUUUGAACUUGCUCCUAAGCAAGAUGAUAAUCCUGUAGUAGGUAACUACAGUUCAAAUAUUAUCAUUGCAGCCACAGCAAGUGUUGUUUGUUGUUGUAAUGAUUAGACUUUGCGGAUGAUGUAAUUAGUUUUGGAGCAUGAAUCAUUUCAGGAUACAUUUGGAUCUAAUUAAAAUAACAUUUGAAAAGCAGUGAUGCAAUCUAUAAGAAGAAAUAAAUUAUUCCAUCUCUCUCUGAGAAGUAACAGUUACCUCCAGUAGUGAAAAUGAGUCCAAAUCCAAUAUGAGCUGGUUUCAUUCCACACGUAUGUUCCAGUGGUGUGUUAGGUCACUAACUGUAAAACAGUAAAGGACAGGUGCCACACAGCAACCUCCUUAUAAGGGAAGAGCUGUUACUAAAUUGCAUUAGCAAUAGAUGAGAAGCAACUCUGGCCUCUGAACUUUCAUCCCAAGAAUAAUUUUUCCAAUUCUUCAUACGCACUAUAUAGAACUGUCUUGAAUGGUGAACGUGCAAGGGGCACUGGACAGCAAAAUGUAGCAUUUCAUUUUGGUCUAGAUCAGUCAGGGAGCAAGCAAUGUAUCAAGCACAAGACUGCUUCUCCCAUCUCACUCUCCCACUCCCCAGUGUUCUUUUUAAGCAAGAAACAAAUUUUGCUUGAAAUUAACUACGUAAGUAGAAGGACUGGCAUUAGGCAUAAGUGAGAGUUCAACUUAAUCAGCAGUUCUGCUACUUGAGCAAGUGAUAAUGAAAGUAGACUAGAAGGGCACGAAGUAAAACACAGGAAGUUCUCUUUGAAUGUUAGGAAAAUACUUCAGUGUAAGGGUGAAGUGGCACUGGCCCAGGUUGCCCAGAGAGGUGGUAGUCUCCCACCAGGAAGAUACUCAAAAGCCACCUGGGCAAACAGCUCUGAGUGGCCCUGCUGGCACAAGAUGACCUUCAGAGGUCCCUGCUGACCAUUCCAUAAUGAAAUAGUAGAGAGAAGGUAUGACCAAUGAAACACCAUUUCAAUGCAAUUUUCAUGUACACAUACUGUUGGUUCUGACAGGUAAUUUUCUGUUCAGUAGCUGGUGUGGGGCUGUUUUGAAUCUGUGCUGAAAAUAAGUGUUGGUACCUCAGAGCUGUUUUCCUUAUUGCUGAACAGCAUGUGCACAGAGGCCAGACUGCUUAAUCACCCCAUGCCCCGGCAAGAAGGCUGGGGAUGCACAGUUAGGAGGGGAUGCCACCAGGACAGCUAUCCCACACCACAGAGCAUCAC